GCAGGAAGCCGCCCCGAAGGAAGCGGAGCGCGGGGCCUCGAAGCUGCGUCAGGGCUGAGCACGGGGCUGUGAGCUGCGCUUCCUCCCCCCGGAGCUGAGCGGUGGGGGGGGCGUGGGGGAGGGGGCCAUGGGCAGGAGGAGGUGACCCUCCGGGGGUCCCCGCUGUCCCCAUGUCGUUGGCACUCAAAGCGCGGCAGAAGGCGAAGCGCAAAGGCGGCGGCGCCAAGGAGAAAGUGUUCGGCUGCGACCUCCUGGAGCACCUGCAGCAGUCGGGGAAGGACGUGCCGCAGGUGCUGCAGAGCUGCACUGAGUUCGUGGAGCAGCACGGGGUGGUGGAUGGCAUCUAUCGGCUGUCUGGGGUCUCCUCCAACAUCCAGAGGCUGCGCCAAGAGUUUGAUGGGGAGCGCAGCCCAGACCUGCACAAGGACGUUUACCUGCAGGACAUCCACUGUGUCAGCUCGCUCUGCAAGGCGUAUUUCCGUGAGCUGCCCAACCCGCUGCUCACCUACCGCCUCUACGACCGCUUCGCCGAUGCGGUGGCCACACAGAUGGAGGAGGCGCGCCUGGUGAAGAUCAAGGAGGUGCUGAAGGAGCUGCCCCCCCCCCACUAUAGGACGUUGGAGUUCCUGAUGCGGCACCUCCUGCGCAUGGCGUCCCACAGCCACACCACCAACAUGCACGCAAGGAACCUGGCCAUCGUCUGGGCCCCCAAUCUGCUGCGCUCAAGGGACAUCGAGUCGACGGGUUUCAACGGGACGGCGGCGUUCAUGGAGGUUCGGGUUCAGUCCAUCGUGGUGGAGUUCAUCCUCACCCACGUGGAGCAGCUCUUUGGGGACGCGCCUCUCUGCGGCGGUGAGGCGGCGCGGCGCUCUCUGUUGUUCCCUGGGGACGGGUCGGGGCCCUACAACAUCCCUGCAGCGCUCAGCCAGGGCGACGGGCCCCCCCCGAUCCGGCCCUACCACACCAUCAUCGAGCUCAGCGAACACAGGAGGAAGGGCUCCCUGAAGGCCAAGAAAUGGAAGUCCAUCUUCCACCUGGGCCGCUCCGACGCCAAGCGCAAGCUGGGGAAGGCAGAGGAGAAAGAGGAGAAGUGUGGGAAGCUGAGCCUGCGCCCAGCCAAGAGCAUGGACUCCCUGAGCUCAGUGCAGUACAGCAGUGAGGACGAUCCCCGGCUCAGCACCACGUGUGCAAUGAAGCAUCCGCCGCAGCGCCGCGACAGCUUUGACGCCUGCUCCUCGCUGCCACCCACCGGGACCUUCCCCGUUCUGAGGAGAGCCCCGUCGGAGAGCGAGAGCAGCACCAAGUCGGAGCCCAACCCCCGGCCGGGCCGCACAGCGGUGGUGGGGGCCCGCAGCCGGGCUGAGAAGUGCGCGGGGGUCCACAUUUCAGGUCCCUUCUCCGUCACCGUCCCUUUGCACAUCACCUCCAACCUCUCCCGGCUGACCCGGGGGCAGCAGUGCCCGGCGUUGGCUCAGCGUGGAGCCGUUGGAUCCCCUCUGCCCGCCCGUCGCCUCACCAAGGAGUCCAAACCCCCCCAAACCAACACGGAGGAGGAUGCCCGGCUGUCCCUGGAGCUGCGUGACUCCUUCGCCUUCCUGGACUGCCAGGACGCGUGGCUGGAGCACGGAGAUGGGGACACAGCGGCGCGGGCAGCGCUGGGACAUGGCGGCCUUGGGGACAGCGAUGGGUACCCGGCCAUAGAGGAGGGCAUGGAGAGUGGAUUCAUGAAUCCGGGGGAAUCCCCCGUGGAGCAGCCCGACAGCUACCUGUCCAUUGAGGAGUGCGAUGGACGAGGAGAUGUUCUACAUGGCACCCGGCUGCUCCGACACCGAGGAGCCCAGCGGGGACACUGACUCCGAUGACAUGUUCCUCAGUGCCCACGAUGAGCUCAGCCCGCUGGCAGCCGACCCUGAGACCCCCACCAACAGCACGGCCCUGGGGGAACGCGGGGCUGAGCUGCGGGAUGGGUCCCCACCGCCAGAGCUGCGUCCUGCACAGGUGGGUGGCGCCGGGUGAUGGGGGGCACAUGGAGGACCCUG